AUGGCAGCUAACGAGGAUAUUGAUAUUGAUGUCAUCAGAGAUAACGCUAGGAAAGGAGCUCUCAAACGAAACAAAAAGACCGCAAAAAGCAACUUUUAUGCUUACUUACUCCCCCCCUCCAUGAGCGAACAAAAAAAUCUUGUUCGCCCACGGAGAGGGUUAAUUUUUUUUGCGAAAUUUUAAAAAAUCCUAAUUCGCAAAAAUGGGAAGUAAAUAUUAAUUUAAUUUAUAAAUUUUAUGUUUUUAAAACGCAAUUUGUUUUAAAAUUGAACAGAAUUAGCAAUAGAUUUCGUAAUACCAAUUAUCACUUAUAUAUCAAAAUUUUUUUUUCAUAAAACAUUUUUGUUCGCUCACAGAGGGUGGGUUUUUGGGCAAAAAAUAGGGAUUUUUCUAAUGGUUUUGUUCUCUCACAGAGGGGAGUUAGUAUUCGGUAUUAUUGGAGCAAUUAUGGGAAUUGCAAUCGGAAUAAUGGCCUUCAACCCUGAAAUCCCACUCCACGAAGCCCCUGUAAAUGAUAAAGUUCUAAUUGAUGCUCAAAAUUCCUUAAAACUUAACUUUACUCUCAAAGAAAACUCAUAUUUCAAAGAUUGGAACCUUAGAGAUGUAGCCCGAGCUUCACAAACUUAUCAUUCUCAGCAAGCAAAAUUAUUGGGUCCUUGUCAGACUUUCCUUGACAAUACUGAACUUGUCCCUGACUAUUAUGACGUCAGAGAAGAAUUCCCUCAUUGUACAGCUGACAUUUACAUACAAGGGAAUUGCUCGUCAUCACAUGCAUUAGCAGCUGCUUCAAGUUUAAGCGAAAGAUUCUGCAUUCAUAGCAAAGGGGCUGUUAUUGUGAAUCUAGGAGGACAGGAUUUAGUUUCUUGUGACAAAAAUAAUGAUAAAUGCGGGCAAGGAAACAUUGACAGUGUUUGGAUCUAUAUCAAAGAUGUUGGACUUGUUGAAAACAAGGUAUUCCCUUACACCUCUAAAGAUUUAACUGCUCCUAGUUGCCCUGAAAAACUUGAGGGAACUACUUAUAAAGCUAGUGAAUUCUGCGCGAGUGCUACGGAAGCUGCCAUUAUGAGAGAAAUAAAGAAGAAUGGACCUGUAGUUGGAUAUAUGCAUGUGCAUACAAAUUUCUUAGUCUAUAGCAGUGGAGUUUAUAAACCUCACAUAGCUGCAGCUAAGAUUAAAGGCGCCCAUGCGGUAGAAAUUUUAGGAUGGGGAACUGACGAUAACAAACAAGCAUACUGGAUUAUUAAAAACAGUUGGGGAAGUGAUUGGGGAGAAAAAGGCUAUGCAAAGGUUGCGAGAAACUCUAAAGAACUUAGUCUUGAAGAUUUCGUUGUUGCUGGAACUCCAUUAAUUAGUGAAGAGUUCAAGCCAAAAACUGCUAAAGUAGAAGAUACCAAGAAAAACGAGGAUGUAGAAGAUCUUAGUGCUCAAAGGAAAACUGAGCCUGAAGUUACUAAAAUUGAAGAAAAACAAAAAGAGACAAAGUCAACGGAGCCAGUAAAGACUGGAAGCAAGCCACAAGAAACCAAAACUUCAGAGCCAACCAAGACAUCAGAACCAACUCCUGAGCAAGUUAAAACUCCUCAGCCAACUAAGACUCCAGAUCAGACUAAGAAUCCUGAGCCAACUAAGACUCCAGAACAGGUUAAAACUUCUGAGCCAACUAAAACUCCUCAGCCAACCAAAGCUCCAGAGCCAUCUAAGACUCCUGAGCCAGCUAAAGCUCCAGAGCCAUCCAAGAGUCCUGAACCAACUAAAACUUCAGAGCCAACUAAGGCUCCUGAACCAGUAAAGCCUCAAGAAAAGGCUAAAUCUUUUGAGUUAAAUAAGACUUUAGAGCGACAUAAAUCCACUCCUAAGUGCAAUCAAAUAGCUGGAAAAUUAACCCCUCUUUAAUAACUUUUAUAGCGAGAUCUAUAACUAAUUUAAGCUAUAUUAGAUUUUUCUUUUAAGAUAUUUAUUGUGUAAAAAUAAAAUAAUUUUAAUAAAAUCAAAACAAAGCCUUUAAAGAGAGAAAACAAAUUACUUUCUCUUAAAGGAGGGAAUAAGACCCCAGAGCCUGCUAAAACUCCUGAAUCUACUAAAACUCCUGAAUCUACUAAAACUCCUGAUCCAACUAAAGCUCCUGAAUCAGCUAAAACACCUGAGCCAGCUAAAGCUCCUGAAUCAGCUAAAAUCGUAGAGCCAACCAAAACUCAAGAGCCAGUUAAAGCCCCUGAGCCAACUAAAACUCCUGAACCAACUAAAACACCUGAAUCAGCUAAAACACCUGAACCAACUAAAACCCCAGAGCCAACUAAAACACCUGAACCAACUAAAACCUCAGAGCCAACUAAGACUCCUGAAUCAGCUAAAACUCCUGAGCCAGCAAAAGCUAAAACCCCAGAGCCUACAAAGAUCCCAGAGUCAGCUAAAGUUCAAGAAAAUGCUAAAGCUCCAGAGCCAACUAAAACUCCUGAGCCAACUAAAGCUAAAACCCCAGAACCUCCAAAAGCUCCUGAAGCUCCUAACUCAUCUAAGACUCCUGAACAAAAACAGCCUGAGCCACCUAAAGUUGAAAAACAAGAACAAAAAGCCCCUGAGCCAGCUAAAGAAAGCCAGCCAACUCCUCCACCACAGCAAUCCUAA